CCCCGCAGCACCGGCACCCCGUUGAAGGUGGAGAUGUUGGUCCAUCAGGGCCACAGCCUGCCCGGCGCCAUCCCCGGGCCGGUGGUGGCCAAGGCCGAGGUGGAGAGGUGGUUCACGGCCCCCGGCGUGCGGAGGAUCCGACUGAAGGAGGGAGGCGUAAGGGGCUCCCUGUUCCUGCCGCCGGGGGAUGGCCCCUUUCCAGGAGUGAUUGACAUGUACGGUGAUGAAGGAGGUUUGAUUGAAUUUAGAUCCAGUCUCCUGGCUACCCGUGGCUUUGCUGCUCUUUCUCUGCCAUAUUUUGACUUUGAAGAUCUGCCUAAGGUCAUGAAAGAAUUCAAACUCGAGUACUUUGAGGAGGCAGCCAGAUUCCUACAGCGUCACCCAAAGGUGAAGGGACCGGGAGUUGGAGUGAUUGGGACUGGGAAAGGGGCAGAAUUAGCACUCUCCAUGAUCACCUUCCUGCCAGAAGUAGUGGCUGCUGUGUGUAUCUCUGGCUGUAGUUCAAACACAGUUGCAGACCUCCAUUAUGGUGAGAUGACUCUGCCUGGGCUGCGUUUUGACACGAAUAAGGUCAGUGUUUCUGAAGCUGGUGUAUUUGACACUUUUGAAGCUCUGGAUGACCCAACGAAUCCUGCUAAUUCGCCUUGCACGAUCCCUAUUGAAAAAGCAGAAGGUCACUUUCUUAUAGUGGUGGGGGAAGAUGAUCGCAUGUGGAAGAGCUCCUUGUAUGCUGAGCUGGCAGUUGGGCGUCUACGCCAGCAUGGAAAGGAAAAUUUUGAACUCUUGAGUUAUCCAGGGGCAGGUCACCGAAUUGAUCCUCCUUCUACUCCAUUUUGUCAGGUAGCUGUGGAUCGUGUUCUGGGGGUGCCUGUUCUGGGGGGUGGAGAGUGCAAAGCACAUGCCCAUGCACAGGAACACUCCUGGGGAAAGAUUCAGGAGUUUCUGCACUUGCAUUUGGGAUGAACACUUAAGCACCUGCAAGCUGUUGCAGAACUGCAGAGGACUGAGCUUGAGCCACCAAAAUGACUGGUGAAUUGGAGGUACUGACUGAGAAAAGCUUUGAAAUACGAAAUACCUAAAUGACUACUUAGCUACCAGUAUAAAUCCAAAAAGAAAGGGAUUUAUUUGGACUAGCCCAAGUUAUUUUAACUAGAUACACAGACGUGAA